AUGUUCGUGCGACUGCUCGCGCUCGCCUCGCUCGGCUCCGCCGCAGCCCUCACCUACCGCCACGAACACGCAUCACCGAGGCUGUCGAGCGCCGGAGCGCGUCUCUGGAGCCUGCGCGGCGGCGCGACUCGGGCGGCCGGCAGCGGUAAGCCAAAGCGCGACGAGGCGAGGCUCUCCCUCAAGUUUGCGGCGUACGUGGUUGCCUGGGCCGUGGUGCCAACGCUUCUGCGAGUAGCUUACGCCUACGUCACCCUUCCCGCCGCCGUCCCCGCGCCGGCACCGUCGCUGCUGCAGAGCCUUGGGUACGUCUCCGCUCCGGCAGCCUCGGCGCCCGAAGCGCUUCCGCUACCGCAGCGAUGGCAGGUGGCCGUGGCCGCGGCCUGGGUCGCCAACAACCUCGCGGUGAUGGUUCCGGGCCGGUACGACAGCCGCCGCGCCAUGGCCGCGGAGAAGGCAUGCGCGGCCACCGCCAACCUGUUCACACCGAGCGGCUGGGCGUUUGCCAUUUGGGGCCCAAUCUUCGCGGGCGAGUGGCUGAUGAUGCUCUACCUCACCAACGUGCCUGCCGCGGGGGCGGUCGGCGCGGCAGUCGCGCCCGGCUGGGUUGCGGCCCUCUGCGCGCAGGCGGCUUGGCUCGCGAGGGUGCGCUCGCCCCUCCCGCUCAAAGAGGCCGCGGCGAGCGCGAGCGUCGUGGCGGCGGUAGCCGCCGCAGCCUACGUCACCGCCACCACGCGAGACCCCGUGUUUGCGGCUGUGAUUGCGUGGGCGCUCGCCGCGGUCGCCGCCGACGGCGCAAAGAGUGCGCGCGGCCUGGUGGCGGAGGCGACGCUCGACCGCGUUCGCUCCGUGGCGCGGGUGGGGUGCGGCGCGGCGGUGCUGCUGGUCGCCGCGCCUCCCCCGAGCGCCAAGGCGAGCGCCUUCAUGAAGGGCGGUGACGACUCCGAUUCGGACGGCGACAAGAAGCGCGUCGUCCGGUCGCACCGCGACAAGCGGUGGGAUCAGAUGCAGGAGGCGGUGGCGAGCAUGAAGAACCACAUCAAGAUCAACGACUGGAUCGCGGUGACGGAGGACUACGACAAGCUCAACAAGCUCCUCCAAAAGGCGAAGCCCAUCGUCGAGCGCGAGGGGACGCCGACGUUUUACUUUUUGGCACUCGCGCACCUCGAGGAGGCGAACGCGCGCGCGCUGGAGGACAAGGACGCGAAGAAGAAGAUGUCGCCCUCCAACGCGAAGGCGCUCAACUCGCUCAAGCAAAAGCUGCGCAAGGUCAUCGCGCAGCACAAGGCGCAGAUCGACGCCGCCAAGGCGAGCGGCGGCGGCGGCGGCGGCGGCGCGUCGGAGGAGGAGGAGGAGGAGGAGAGCGAGAGCGAGAGCGAGAGCGAGGACGAGGCGCCGGCCGGCAAGUCCAUGUUUCUCAAGAAGCCCGCGCCUGCCGCCGGCGGAAAGGCUGCCGCCUUCAUGAAGGACGCGCCCGCGCCCGCCGCAAAGGCGAAGAAGGGCGGCAAGGCGGCAAAGGCAGAGGCGAAGCCCGCCAAGGCUGCGGCGCCGCCAAAGCCGCAGGGGCCCAAGCCGAUCAAGGACUACAACGAGGCCGACAUCGACAAGCGCCUCGACCAGAUCCUGCAGCAGCGCGGCCGCAAGGCGACGGACCGCAAGGAGACCAUCUCGGUGCUGUCUCAGCUCGCCGACGUGACGAAGCGGCCGUCCAAGCUGGUGGAGCUGCUCGGGCACGUGAUCGCCUUCCAGUUCGACCUGCACAUGUCGAUGCUCGCCGCCAUGCCGACGCCCGUCUGGAAGGCGAUCUUCGACGUCUUCCGCCGCAUCCUGCAGACGCUCGUCGACAACCCGGACCUCAAGAUCGAGGUGCUCGAGGGGUCGACCGUGGUGGACACCACCCAGAUGACCACCGCGGAGGCCGGCGACGACGACGACGAGUUCAUCGACUCUGGCGUCACGCAGAUGACGUCGAACGUGCUCUCGUACCUCGAGCGGCUCGACGACGAGUUUUACAAGUCGCUGCAGCUGCAGGACCCGCACCAGCCCGCCUACGUCGCCCGACUCAAGGACGAGGUCCCGCUCGUCAACUUGAUGCAAGACACGCUCGCCUACUACGACUCCAAGCAAGACCGGUCGGCGGAGAACCUCGCCGACUCUGCGCGCGUCUCGCAGCGGAUCGUCGAGCACAUCUACUACCGCGAGCAGGCCCUCUUCGACACCGCCGCCGAGAACGCGUCCAAGCGCAAGGCGCUGACGCCCGACGAGAUUUCACGAGAUUGCCCGAGAUUGCAAUCGACGUUCUUGUCGUGCGAGCAGGCGCUGCUGCUCGACGAGCGCGACGCGCUGCGCAAGGCGGCGGCGGAGGCGGAGGCGGUCGCGGCCGAGGAGGAGGCGCGGCUGGCGGAGGAGGCGGCGGCGGAGAAGGCGGCCAAGGAGGCGGCCAAGGUGGAGGCGAGCGACGACGACGACGACGAGGAGGGCGAGGAGGACGAGGCGCCGGAGCCGGUCGUGACGGAGAACCGCAAGGCGGCCGACGCGGCGGCGGCCGCCGCCGCCGCCGCCGACCGGGAGUACGAUUCCUUCUCUGUGCCUCGGCCGAUGGAUCUCGCGGCGGAGAUGGCGACGCUGUCCAAGCGGGUGUACGAGCGCGGCGUGGAGCGCUCGUACGGCUACAAGUACGAGCCGCGCGACGGCUACGGCGAGCGCUCCCGCCGGCCGUGGGUCGAGCGGGGCGACCGCGGCGGGCACCACGGCGGCGGCGGCGGCGGCUACAAGCCGUGGCACGAGCGGCGCGAUGGCGAGCACGGCUUCAACCGGCCGUGGCAGGACCGGCGCGACGGCGGCGGCCGCGGCGGCGGCGGCCGCGGGUGGGGCGGCCGCAGCGACCGGCAGCAGCUCGACAACUACAAGGGCCGCCGCUUCUGA